CUCAGACAGCCAUUACCGCUCCCCUCCCUUGCCGCUCUCUCUGCUUCGCUGCUUCCCCCGUUGAAUGCGUUUGUUUAGGCUCGUGCGUCGAGCUGGCUGGCCGUACGACGAGCCGGCCGCAGUGGAGUGUGCGAAGCGUAACCGAACGGAUUUGCGCGGUACUCGUGACACUGUGCCCAGGCGACCGUCGACAUCUGUUUCUUUCCCAUCUCCAGUCCGUGCGCCCGACGACAACGCGGUGGACGAGUCGUCGGAGGCAACCGGCCGAACAGCGAGCGCGUGUUGUGUGCACAGCGUUUGAAUCGUUCACCGGAGUUUCGGAAACAUCAGCUCGCUUGCUGCCGUCGUCGUAUCAUCGCCAGCCCAGCAAGCCGCCGCGAUGUCAACGCUGCUGCUUCCCGGAGCGGUAGCGGUACUCUGGGGUUCCGGUGACAACCGGUGACAGCGCGCAGAUAUCCGUGCUACGGUGUGUGUGUGUGUGCUGUGUGUCUUCGUCUAUCAGGCGGACACACGACGACGACGGGGCCUGCAGACGCCAGGCCAGGAAAGGGAUAGCAGUUUACACGUCGUUAAAGCUGGGCAUGGCUUCUGUUCUUACUUCCUGACCAACAUGUGGAAUAUUCAUGAUGUUGCUGACGUAACAGAAAAUGGACAUCUCAACAGUGCUUGCAGCGUUGUGGGGUGUCCUCUUGCUCCUGCAAGAACCCUGUCAAGGUGUGCUCCAGGGGGGCAAUGCCCCGCCCCCUGUGGUGUUGUUGCCUGGCUCCUUGUCCCCUUGGGAAGAAGGCACCGGCAGCCCCCAGGCACCCACUUACGAGGCCCCGCACACGUCUCCCAUCUUCGUGCGUGCCGAGCCCAUUGCCCUUAGUGAGCCCCAGGGCACAGGCUGGAGGCCCAUGCACAACCCUUCCAGCUGGCUGUCCCAGCCCCACCCAGACAACCUGCCCAUCAGCAUGGCUCCCUCGCCAUAUGUCUUUCCUGGAAGCAAGCCUCCUCCUCCCAUCACUGCCUCUCCUUCAUUUCCACAAGUGCCACAGGGCCCCACCACGCAUCCAGACUGGGGGAGCUCCGUGCCACCCACACCACGGUACCCCAUCUCACCCCAGAGACCCACAUUACCUCAGCUCUCCAACGACAUUCCACCUGUGAGAACAAGUUCACCAACAAUGCCCAGUGAGAAUACUGUGCCACACCCCGUCUUCAAAACGGAGCCAAUAACUGAAAGGCUCCCAGACACCACCCAGGCUACGGCUGUCACAGAUGCAACGGUGCCUCUCUCUGUGAACACAGUGUCUGGUGAACACGGAAAUGUGCAUCAGCAGAGCAAUGCAACGCCCAGUUCUACAUCAAGUGACUCAAGCCCACUGCGGGUUCCCGGUGGCUUGUUAGAUCAGAAAACUACAGACCAUGUGAGUGUCUCUGUGGACGCCACAGCAGGCAGUAGUGCGACUGUCACGCCGAACGAGACAUCGACACCAGCCCCAGUUGACAGGGACUCGCCAAACAUUGAGUCUCCAGACUAUCCAUUAGCCGGAGGUGCAGUGGCUGGAAUAGUCAUCGGUUCUAUUGCAUCAGUGGCACUCCUUGCAGGUCUGAUAACCUACAUUGUCUUACGGAGGCCUUUCCUGAAGCUGCUGAAUGGCCAGGACAAGUCGUCUACUGAUAAUGUCGCCUACAUCGAUGACUCGGUGCGCAGUAGCUACAUGAACACCCAUAUUGAGCUGCCCAAGGAAAACUCUGAAGAAAUGACUUCACUGGACAACGAUUCAUUUCUCAACAGCCUGGAAGCAGUGACCAUACAAAACUACUGGGCUGACACCAGCAAGAACACUAAUGUGUGAAAAACAGAACUAGCAGACGAAGAUGCCCGCCUCCGAUGCUGUGCAUUCCUUAUCUUGUGAAUACUAGGUAGCGGACUGAAAGUGCUGUGCUGCAUUGUUUUAUCUUUUGUUGAAAAGGUGCAGUACUCGCAGCAUGUGAUGGUGACCUUGCUGUCCCCCCCCCCCCCUCAUUGUGCACUUCAUUCAUUUGACUUUUCAAGCACCCUCGCUGAACACUUCUGCAAUGAUGUCUAAAGCUCUUCUUGCCAAGUUUCAUUCUUUUAUUGUAGCAUUGGGUUGAAAAGCAACAACAGCAUUUUCUGAGUUUCAAGUAUGGAAUGUUGAUCUACUACAAGACAAUUCAGUCAGGCCUUGAUAGAACAGACAUGCACAUAAUGAAUUAUAGUAAAUAACAAAGUAAAUCGAAAAUGUUUCUUUACGAUUUUAGUGCAUAACAAAUACAUAUAGGCUUUUAACAGAUAUUGAGUAUAAUGAAGGUAUUUGUAUGUUCAGUGGGACUUCUUUAUAAUGAUGGUCAACUGUAUGCCAAAUUUGGCAAACAUGCUUUUCCACUCACCUUGAAUGCUACCAAUAUGGUCGUGGAUCUCGUACAUGAAGUGAGCAAGAAUGGGAGAUUAGGACAUGCCGACACAUUCCCUGCACUGUAUACACUUCGAUCCCAUGCAUCACUAUUUUAGUGGUGGCAUUCUUAUGUAAAGUUGUCUAUCCGUCAAGUUUCUUGUAUCUCCCUCUGUUGGGGAAUUUAGCUUUUCCUUUUCAGCCUGUCGACUCAACAUUUCAUCAUGCUGCCAAGCACGGAGGGUAGUGUAGACAGCAGCGCACUGCUUUUAAGAGACUGGCAUAAAUUACUUCUUCAGCCUAAAUAACUAGUUCACCUACCAUUCAGAUUUUGCACUGAACUGGCAUUAAGUGGUGGGCUUUGUUCAAUGUUAAGAGUGUGGAGUUGCCUGCAGCAAGGCUAUUUUAGAGGUGGGGAAAUUUACCAUGCAGGCUGGAGUGGUGCCUUAUUCAAAAGAAAGCUCUAGCCCGCCUUACUCAAAUGCAUGUGCGAAACACAGAAAUGCCCUCCUUGGGAUACCACUCAAUUGCUUUCUAAUAAUUAUAUUUUAUUUAGCAGAGAAAACUAAAUCAGUCAAUUAUUGGCCCCAAACCACUGAUUUAGACCACAAAUUUUUUCAAUAUUGAUAGAAAUGACAACUUUGUCAAGAGUUGGAGUAUUGUGCUUAAAGCUAUAAAUUUGCAACAAAUUCACAAUGCCACUAUUGACAGAACUGCUACAAUUGGCAGAGUAAUUUGAAAGAAACUUUACUUAUAAAGAAAACUUGGCACUCAACCUCAGAUGGCAAGAUACUUAGUUCCUAAUGAACCAAACAGUUAACAUUAGAAAAUAUGGAGUAAGGCAAAGCUUGCCACGCAAUUCCAUUUUUAUGUGUACUUCCAGAGCAAACUUUGGAACACUUCAGCCUAAACAUAUACCUGUAAGUGUCACAGGAAUACCAGACAGAAUGCAAACAGCAGCACUAGUAGAGGCAGCUUGCGGCGUUAUGUUUAACCUCAAUGUUUUGACAAGGUCUUCUAUUGCACAACACUUUCUGGUAACAACAAAAGUUGCCAACAAAAGUAUAGCCUCUAUGAGUUUACGUUACUGUGGGAGCCUUUACAUCAGCCAUGAAGGAAGGGAAAAAACUGGAGAGAACCUUAUGUCACUCAACACCGUGCAGAAAUUUUUAUUACGGGGCAGUAUGUCUUCCUCACCUCUGUGUGCAGCUGAGCACACACCGGCGCACUUUAUGACCGAGGCCAACAAAGUCUACAAGAAUGACGAGGGAGGAAGAAUUUUGUCUUGUACAUCUUGUGCAUAACCGUGAGCACACCUCAUUAAAUCGGAACAUUGUCAACUGCCAUAUGCAGUCUACAAGCGCUGAUCACCAAAGCAGCAAAGAAGAACACCUCUCCAGCUACUUUGCUAGCCACGGUAAUGUUACUUUGAGCCACAGAGCCACUUGCUCCCUUAGCAGUGUUUCUGCCCUUGCUAUUCGCUACAUAAUGCAGCUUAGAUAACAUGCAACUUCAACCACGCUUAUUGCAUUGCAUCUAGUACUGUUGGGGCCUCUCCAUUAUGGCAGCAGGGAGGAGGACACUGCCACACAUUGCAAUUAGAGACCAUGCAAGUUUGCUUGAGCACAGUGUCACGAAAUGUCCUUAUCAGUGCUGCUUUUCUAUGCGUCAUACUGCAGACGUACUUGCCAUUGAUCCUGGUAUCAGUCCGACACUUAGUGCUGCAUGUGUUGCACUUAAAGUAUUGCAACACUAGUUGCUGCCAAGGCUUUAGGUAUGAUGAGGGCGUGCACACUAGUCUGCCACACACUUCGUAUCUACCACUUUUGUCUUUUGCUGGAACUUGGGAUGCAAUUUACUUGAAUGUUAGCGUUGAUCUUUUUUUUUUUCCAAGGGUUACAUGCACUGUAAAUAUGCAACUGAAACUUGUCUUUCAGCCACAAAGCCUAUUUGCUACCAUUGAUCUCCGGCACCCGUUGAUUCAAGGUAUAAGAGGGUCAUGGAGAUCUGACAGAGGGAUUGAAGUGGUUCUGGAGUGAAACUAUGCACGAGCACUUGUUUCGUUGUGGAUUAGCCUGUACAGUCUGUUCUAAGGAGCUCUGCAAAAGCACAUGCUUGUAGCUUAAGACUUUCCCUUAUGCUGAGCGCCUUAUUCGUACUUAGUUUUAUAAUCUCUCUGAUCAUCAGGAACAUCAAAACUACAAGGGUCUUCUAGCAUAGACAAGUCUUAGCUGAACUGCUUCUUUAGGUCGUCUGAGAACUUUAUUUUUAGACAUUUCUCCCAUGUGAUGCACAUUGCAAGACUUCAGACUUUGUACUUACCAAUUUUAAAUCUUUCACAAAAGGUGACAAAUACGUGACGAUUUGUUACACACGGCACAGUGCUUUUUAGAUGCACAUUUCUGAUGUUAGUAUAGCUUAACAUGUAGUACAUAUGCACCAUUUGACAAAACACUGGCAGAGAGGCUCAAAGUGGCUGCAGAAUAUGCGCAUAUUCUGUUCACGUGCACUCCAUUACUUCUAGUCGUGGCCUUAGAUAUUACAGAAUAUUAUUUAUUUUUUUCUUCCGGCUGUACUUCUUUUAUCUUGCAGCAGGUUGUUCACUGUGGAUGACGACAUACUUAAUAAAGAAGAACCGACUGAGUAGUGUUGGAAAAUAAAUCUUUAUGUAUACUCA